UGAUUGCUUCUUAACUGAAAAAGGUCAUAACUCUUGGACUGUAGGUAGUUAAAGGCUAGUUGAAUCUCCCUCGACACCAGCUUAGACAGAUCAUCUCUCCCAGACCUGCUUCAGGGUAAUACUCGAAGGUUUAGAGAUUUUCCGGACCCGUUAGACAGAGAGCUGGUCAGUAGUCAGUCCAUGGAGGUUGUGAGGUUUAGGGCGGGGCUGGCUAUUGCGUAACAACACCCAGGGCUCCAGCUCCACGCUAUUAAAAGAAAUCCAUUGCAAAUUGUCAUAUGGUGCAUUUAUGCAUAAUUAAUGCAAAAGGAGGUUUAAUCAACUGCUUUGUGCUUGAAAAUUUAAAUACUUUUCAGUAGUCAUGCAUUUCUGUUUAAAUUAUUAAUGUGAUCUUGUGCAGCAUUCUUAUUUAUGACACAUUAAAUUGUGGAUUCUUUUAAAGCCAUAAUCAUCAAACUUACAAGAUACAAGGGUUUGAAAUAUUUCACUUUGUGUGUGAUGAAUCUACAUAACGUAUUAGUUUAACUUUUUCAUGAUAUUGUAAUUUGAAUGUAGUGUAGUUCACACUCCAUCCGCUGGGAGGCAGCGAUGAGUUACACGGCACCUCAGAGUAAAUAAAAGGGAGGAAACCCGCGGGCUGACGAUCAGUCCGAGGGAGAGAUGAGGCAGGAAGAGCUGGCAGAGCUCACAAAGUUAUGGAUAAGUUGAAACUGGAUGUCAUCUUGUAAACCCUUUAAAAUCCUAGGACACGUAGGCACGCUAUAGCCUUCUAAAUUUACAGACAACACCCAGCCUGCAGGAAGGACAGAAUGAGCACGAUCCUCAGACUGGAAGGCCUGGACGUGAAGGCAGGCACUGAAGACAUACGGACCUUCUUUCAGUCCCUGCACAUACCUGAUGGAGGGGUUUACAUUAUGGGAGGACAUCUCGGCGAGGCUUUUAUUUCGUUUGCCACUGCAAGUGAUGCACAGGCUGCUUUGCUGCGCAGUGGGAAUUUUCUCAAAGGCUCCAUGGUGACCCUGCACAUCAGCAGUAUGGAAGAGAUAGAGCAGAAAUUCGAGGAGUCCUUAAAUAGCAAGAAAACUUCGCUCACUGUAAGAAAACCUCAUCCACGUUUAGCUGAAAAUGAAAUGUCAAGGCAACAUAAGACUAAAAAUGGCAAUGUUAAGUCCAAAUCCAGCUCGCAUGAUGUUUACCUGACUAAGGUGAAGCCCAAAUCCGGACCUCAUGGCAUUAAUAUAUUGAGGCCCAAAUCCAGAUUACAUGAGGACAACAUGACUAGAUUGAAGCCAAAAUCCAGACCACAUGAUGUUAACAUGACGACGAAGCACAAAUCUAGGCUGCGUGAUGUUAAUAUGAUCAAGGUGACGCCCAAAUCCAGGCCGCAUGGUGAUAAUACUUCAGUUUCAUCUUCAGCUGCAUUUCCAGUUGAUCCUGAUCCUGCUGAUCUGCCAGCUUCUAAUGCACAACUAUUGGAUACUGAUGCUUUUUUUCUUGGAGUUUGUAGUGUCCUUCAAAGCCUCCAAUCAACUCAAACGGUGCCAAAAUUUGAGUUUCCCCACGUUGACAGCGCAACUUCUUCUGAAGCGGUCAGAAAUCCAGAACAUACACUGGACUUGAGGCCAGGUUAUGUUCGGCUAUUUGGGCUGCCAGCUUCAAUUACUAAAGAAGACAUCUGCAAGUUCUUCAAAGGAUUACGUGUAGAAGACGUUAUAGUUGACAUCGAAUUGGGAAUCAGUCGUGGCUGCCUUGUUAAGUUUGCAGAUAUGCAAGAUGCAUCUGAUGCUCUUGGCUUCAACCAACAGAUGCUGGGCUCCAUUCCUGUGGAAGUGCGUGGAGCAGAAGAAAAACUGUGGGUCAGAGCUCUUCAGGAAUGUAGUAAGGUUUUUGAUGACAGGUCAAAGUGUAAACAUGAAAGAUCUCCAACGGAAAAGGCACACUAUGAAAGAAGAUCUGUUGUUUCCCAUAAGAGGACAUCUGAUCAAGUUCCGUUUAAACCAUUAAAACACCCAAAACUUGAUGCGGAACCCAAUGCUUCAUUAUCAAGAUCCUCGGAGUACACAGUCAUGGUCAGAAACCUGCCAAAAAACAUGACCAAGACUGACAUAAAAGAGCUUUUCAGAUGCCAAAACCUACCGCACAAAAAUGUGCUUCAUCUGCUCGACGAAACAAACAAUAUCACUGACACAGCUUUUCUGAGUUUUAACAGUACCGAGGACUUUGACUACGCCAUUAAUCUCUCUGGCUGCCAUGGUGGCUCUGGUGCCAUUGAGGUUACAUCGAUCACCAAGGAGCUCAUGUGGAAAAUGAUAGCCAAAAACCACCCCAGAAACCAAAGGACUGGUCCGACUGAUCCAAGAUUACAACGCAGCUUCAGGAAGCCAGAGCCAGUGCAAACCGACGCGCCGCAGAGAGAAAGUCUAAAUGAGACGGGUCAGCGGUACAUUUUUAUUAGGAACAUGCCUGCAACUGUCAAGAAAAGUCAAAUCAGGACCCUGUUCUGUAAAUUCAGUCUGAGUUUGGAUGACAUAAUGUUACUACAUGAUAGAGAGGGCUAUGGCUCAGGUGAGGCUGUUGUUAAGUUUGAAUCUGAACAGCAGGUCACACAGGCACAGAGGUUGCACGGCGAAGAGUUCCUGGGGUCAAACGUGCUUCUCACCCCCAUAAAUGAGAAGCAAAUGAAGAACAUUUUGGUGAACACCUGAAGAUUGUUUUGCCUGAAAAUCAAUUUCAGCUGCGCUUGACUGCGGAGGUUUCUAGUUUGCAUUAAAGGUUUUUUUUAUUUCAAGAUUUCCCGAUGUUAUCGUUCUCUUCAUUUAUACUACACAGUCUGCAAUAAAUAUUCUAAUAAUUAAUGGAAGACCGUUCCCAAGAGUUGGAUACUACUGCGAUGAAAAGAAGAUGCUUUGGAUUUGUGUACAAACAUGUUGGAGAUCUUUGUUUACCUUCAUUCUGCAUGGCUGAAUAAUUUUUUUUAUAUGGCUUUUGAGGAAAGGUCAGUUUGUUUAGGUUCAAUGAUUAAUUUUUUUCAGUGUUAAAGAGACUGGAUAACUUAAGUUUCAACACAAUGUGGACCCACUUCAGAGAUGAGUUAAAUAAGCCAGAAACAAUGGUGAAAAACAGCUACAUGAAAAAAGGAAGAGGAGCAAGUAACCCACAGCAGUGUGGACAAACAUGGACUGCUAUGGGGGUUGUGUACAACAUAAUGCUGAAGCAUUUGACAGACAGAGCAGGUAAUUGAAGAGGAAAUGUCACUUGAUAAGAGGCUAAAGCGUGGGAUUAAAUGCUACCUGUGAAAUGA